CCUUUGCAGCACAUGACUUUGGUUUAGGGGCGGGGCUGACAAAAAACGCGCAUGCGCAGUACGCCUUUCUCUCUCUGCCACCACGUGCAAGUCAAGGAGUCUAAGAAGAUGCAGAUCUUCGUGAAGACUCUCACGGGCAAGACCAUCACCCUUGAGGUGGAGGCCAGCGAUACGAUAGAAAAUGUGAAGACUAAGAUCCAAGAUAAGGAAGGGAUUCCCCCUGAUCAACAGCGUCUCAUUUUUGCCGGGAAACAGCUCGAAGAUGGACGAACUCUCUCUGACUAUAACAUCCAGAAGGAGUCCACACUCCAUCUUGUCCUGCGUCUGAGAGGUGGUGGCAAGAAAAGAAAAAAGAAGAAUUACACGACACCGAAAAAGAUUAAGCACAAACGAAAGAAGGUCAAGUUGGCGGUCCUCAAGUACUACAAGGUGGACGACAGUGGCAAGGUUCAAAGGUUGCGACGAGAGUGCCCCACCUGUGGAGCCGGGAUUUUCAUGGCGGCCCACUUUGACCGACAGACGUGUGGAAAAUGUGGACUAACUUAUGUGUACAAGAAAGAUGAUGAAUAGACUGUUACUCACUGUGGACUGUUUCAAUGACAUAGUUUUCUGUGUGUAUUUUAUAUAUUGCACAGCAAUGUGAUGUUAUCAUUGGAUUUUGCACUUUUUGA